AUGGAGGAGGUAAUUCCGCAAUCCGAACCCAACCCUGAGGGUUCUAGCAGUUCAUCAGUCUCAACGCCAGAACCAGAUGGUGAAAUCCUUCUUCAAGGCGCUGUCAAACGGCAGAAGCGAAAGGGAGGGCGCAAGCCGAAUUCGCUGCUGGAGCGAAUUCUAUUGGAAAAAGGUACUACACCUCACUCGUGGCGACGCAUUGACGUUCAGGCUGAGUUGCGUCUGAAGAGUGGCAGUCCCAAUAUGCUAUCAGCCAAGCCUGCUGGACAAACCAUAAGCCAAAACUCCCCUCUUUCACGAGCCGAUAGCAACAGACAGUCUGUCAAUCGCCACAAGGUUGGGGAGACACCAAAGCUUGACCAUUCUAAUAUCUCGCAGGCACAUCGUGAGGAUGCCCAUACUAUGAGUUCCCCUCAACUGCAUCCCACUCCAACCUCCCAUAUCUCGUCACCUUCCACCGCUAAGUCCCCCGGCUUUAACCUACAAGGCGGCAUUUCCAUACCCGGCGCAGGAAUUCAAACCCAGCAGCAAAAGGAUACUCCGCAGCUACACCAACUCCUGCCACCGCCAAUAUUGCCCGCGUCCAGCAGCUAUAGCAGCAACGGGAACGGUAGCAACGGCCAACACUUCAUUUCGGCGACUUCGCCUAAUCCGGCAACGCCAACGAUAGCUGCCCUCCCAAAUGUAUCAUCAGAUAAUGGAGCAAGUUGA